UCAUCGACUCGUCUCUCUCCCAGAAUCCCGCCAAUGUGCCCGAGUUACCGUCAAUGGAACCUCUAGGAUUUCUCCUCGGUUUCUAGUCGUACAAGAAUUGAGCGCUUAUAGUGAUUUGAUUUCGUGAGAUUCUAGUUUCCGAUGGUCAAUCAUAUCGACACCGAAGUUUUCGCCUCCGAUUUCAAGUCUACUUCAGCUUCUUCGAUUCAUAGGUUUGAGGUUAGUGAGAUUUUUGGAUUCGGGGAAAUUCAAGAUACAGAGCCGAUUGAUGAAGCUAUGUCGCAGAUUGAUGAUUGCUCGUCACUUGAAACCCCAUUUCAAAAGCUCUACGACGAUACGGAGCUCGUAGAUAACGGAGAUUGUGGUGAUAAAGAAACACUGGACCAGGAAUUUGGCGGUCUCGAUGAAGUGGUGGAUGAUAGUGAGGAUGAAGAUAGAGGAAAUGGGAGUGUUGCUGCCGCUGAGUCGACAUGUUUGCGGGAGCUAAGCCCCAAAGCUGCAGAUAUACUUUUGGAGUCUGAUGGAUCGAAUGAUCACGAAUGUGAGACAGGAAAGCAAGAAUCAAAUUGCGGUAUCGCGACCGGUUUCCAAGGUUCUUCGCGGAUUACUGCUGAUAGUCAAGGUCCAGGGCUGGAUUUUUUGGAUUCUCAGGAACCAGGAGAGUCAACACAAGCAGCUGCUCUUGGUUUUGUGGACCAAUUUUUGAUGGACAAAGAUCUAAAUUUGUCCCCAGUGAAUCUCCCGGAAACUAGUCGGAGAAGGAAGUCACCUCCUUUCUCAGGUGCAAAAGGACGUCAAUCUCUGGCCAAAAGAAUCAAAACCAGAAGUCCAACCAGGAAAAUGAGCGUCUUUGAUUGGGAUAGUGAUCAGUGUGAUGUGAGUGACCUUCAAAACUCUCCAGUCACUCGUGCAAACGUUACAUGCUUCAAGAGAAGAGAAGAUCAUGUUCAAGAUGAUGAUCCUGGAGUGAAGGAAGGAUCUAUGGAUCUGUGUGAGAAUAGAAAAGUCUCAAAAGGUCCCACAAAAAGAUUUAUGCAGAACAGUUUUGCUAAACAUCACAAGAUGGAACAAACACCGAGUUUGAGUCAGGGCAUUAUGCCAAUCUCGAAGAUGGAUGCUCAGUUGCAGGAUAAAGCGUCAAAUGAGCAGUUUGAACCUGAGAACGAAUUUACUGAUGUUGGUAUUAGCACUCAGAUUGCUGCUGAAGCAAUGAGUGUUUUACUGUUUGCUCCCUGCACUAAAGCUGAAGCUCAUGAAUCAGAAACCAUGGAUCUCUCUAGAAAGAACAAUGAUACCAUUGGGAGUAGACCUGAAAGAGACAACUGGAGUGAUCUGCUUAGUGCUCCAAACAAGAAGAGAAACAUUAAGAAGAAGAAGAGAAAACUCACUAUGAAACAGAGGGCUGGCACAAACGUCUCUGCUAUAACAUGUCUUCUUAGCUUAUGUGAAUGGAGGCAUCCCAGGGCCAAAAGAUCACGUCUUACGCAAAGGCGUCACGUCCCACCUAGGAAAUCUUGGGAUACUAGUUCAGCAAAAGACAGAAGCGAAACCAACACUCUAUCAAGAAGGUUACGAGUUUCAUUAAGCGGGACAAGACAAGCCUCUUCUUGCCAUUCAGGUGUCAAUGAUUUGGAUGUUGCAAACCAUGCCUCUCCAAUGAAAAUAUAUGGCGGAAGUCAUGAAAUCUCUUGUAAUAAAGAUUUGCCUAGGCCAUUUCUUCUGAAGGAGAUCGCAAGGCUUGGAGGAUCAGGGAAGGUAGAUGACUUCAUGUGGAAAGACUUGAGGAGACGAAGAAACUUAGCACAUGUUCGAGUCUUAUUCAGCCAUAAUCUGGAUGAAGAAACAAUCAAGCAGCAGAAGAAGAUCAUGGUUCGGCUGGGAAUUACUCCGGCAUCUUGCUCGGCAGACUCAACACACUUCGUAGCAGAAAGAUUUUCUCGGACAAGGAAUAUGUUGGAAGCCAUAGCCCUUGGUAAACCUGUUGUUACUCCUCUAUGGCUGGAGAGCUGUGGACUAACAAGAUGCUUGAUGGAUGAGAAGAAGUACAUCCUAAGAGAUAGCAAAAAGGAAAAAGAAGGGUUCUGCAUGCUUACAUCUUUGGCCCGUGCGAAGCAGCACCCCCUUCUUAAGGGGUUAAAAGUCUGCAUCACACCCAACAUUAAACCCGACAGAGGUAUGACUGCUGACUUAGUGAAGUUGACUCAAGGGCAGGUAGUGGAGAUAAGUGAGAUAAUUGCUGCAGAGGAUAGAAAAAUUCCCGAUGAUCUACUGAUUCUUUCUUGCGAAGACGAUAGAGACUUAUGUCUUCCUUUCAUCAAUCAAGGGGCUGAAAUUUACACCUCAGAGCUUUUGCUGAAUGGAAUUGUGGUUCAGAAACUGGAAUAUGCCAGGCAUUGUCUCUUCUAAGUAGCAGACAAAAGGAACCAAAGAAACACAGUAUACAGCAACGCGUCUACUUCUGUAAACUUACUGAUGUACUGAUUGGUGCAAGCAAUGAAUGAAGGCUUUUAAUCAAUCUUUCAUAAAUCUGACCUGUUUGUUCUAAUAGAUAAAAAAAUACUCAGAUUUUCUCCUUUCAUCACUCUAUGGCUAGCACAUAAAAAUGACGCAUUUCACAUACAAUAAUUCUAAACCUCUUCACAUAAAUUGGAUU